CUAGAGAGAGAGAGAGAGAGAGAGAGAGAGAGAGAUGGAGAUGGGUAAGAUGAUGAUGAUGACGAUGAAUACGGUGGUGGCGGUGGUUAUCGUGGUGUUGACGGUGAUGAGCGGCGGGGCGGAGGGGCAGUCGUCGACUCCGUCCUGCGCGUCGAACCUGGUCCCCUGCUCGAGCUACGUGCACUCGACGAGCACCCCGCCGGCGGAGUGCUGCACGCCGCUGAAGCAGGCGGUGGAUAACGACCUGCAGUGCCUCUGCGCCGUGCUCAACGACGCCACCGUCAUGAAGGCUUUCAACAUCUCCACCGAUGAGGGGUUUCGCCUCGCCCGGUCCUGCGGCAUCUCCAACUUAAGCGAUUGCUCCAAUGCUUCGUCACCAUCUGCCACGCCUCCUCCUCCAGGAAAUAAGAAUGGUGGAGAUGGCCACAGGGCAAAUUGGAUUGGCAUGUCAACCUUUAUAAGCUUGUUCGUCUUCUGCUGGUCCGUUAUGGCAUAAUAGGAUGAAUGCUUGUUUCUCUUCUUUGUCUUCUUGUGAUUGAGAUCAGAUAUUAUUUCUCCCCUUCAAGAUUUCAAGUUCCUUAUU